ACCAUACAAACAAACAAACAUUUGUACAUCUUUAACUCCUACUCUUCCACUUCCACUUAACUUCCACACUCACUCAAACCACACCUCUCUUCCUCUUCUCUCUCACUUCCAUUACCCAUUUCCCCAAAAUGGGUAACCAUUCUCUCAUUCUCCUCCUUAUCCUCUCCAUCGUCACCACCAUCUCCGCCCACAACAUCACCGAAAUCCUCUCCGACAACCCCGACUACUCUCAAUACAACAACUUCCUCUCCCAAACCAAACUCGCCGACGAAAUCAACUCCCGCACUACCAUCACCGUCUUAGUCCUCAACAACGCCGCAUUCUCUUCCAUCACCUCCACCCACCCUCUCUCCGUCGUCAAAAAAGUCCUCAGCCUCUUAAUCCUCCUCGACUACUUCGACAACACUAAACUCCACCAAAUCACCAACGGCACCACCCUCACCACCACCCUCCUUCAAACCACCGGCAACGCUCAAGGCAACAUCGGAUCCGUCAACAUCACCGACUUAAAAGGCGGUAAAGUUGGUUUCGGUUCCGCCGCACCGGGAUCUAAACUCGAUUCAUCUUACACAAAAUCCGUCAAACAAAUCCCUUACAAUAUCUCUGUUCUUGAAAUCAACGCUCCGAUUAUCGCUCCUGGAAUCUUAACAGCUCCUCCUCCGUCUAGCGACGUUAACAUAACCGCUUUAAUUGAAAAAGCUGGAUGUAAAACGUUUGCGUCGUUAAUCUUAUCUAACGGUUUGAUUAAAACUUUUCAAUCAGCGGCUGAUAAAGGCUUAACAAUUUUUGCACCGAACGAUGAAGCUUUUAAAGCACGUGGCGUUCCAGAUUUAAGCAAGCUCACCAAUGCUGAAACGGUGUCGCUCUUACAGUAUCAUGCUGCUGCUAAAUAUCUUCCUAUUGGAUCUUUGAAAACUAGUAAGGAUCCUAUUAGUAGUUUAGCUACCAACGGUGCCGGAAAAUUUGAUUACACCGUUUCCGUUGCCGGCGAUUCUGUUACUCUUCAUACUGGCGUUGAUUCUUCGAGAAUUGCUGAUACUAUUUUGGAUGCUACACCGCUUUCUAUUUACUCUGUUGAUAGCGUGCUUCUACCUCCGGAGCUUUUUGCUACAUCGCCGUCGCCUGCUCCGGCACCGACACCUGCUGGUGCUCCUUCACCGACACCUGCUUCUGCUCCAUCACCGGCUGAUGCUCCUACUCCAUUACCUGCCUCGCCGCCAGCUCCUGCUGGUGAGAGUCCCGAUGGUGCUCCGGCUGAUGCACCGUCAACUGCGGCGGAGCGUAGCAGUUCCGGUAAAUCUGCUGGUGUUCACGUGAAAGCUUCUGCUGUUUUUACUGUUACAGUGACUGCUUUGUCUGCUUUUGUCAUUUCGUCUGUUUUCAUGUCCUGAUUUGUAAUUUUAGAUUGUUCUUGUUUUAUUUUUGUAAUUUUAAAAUUUGAGUUUUUUUUUUCCUUUUUCCAUCUUUGCAUGUGAUUGGAUUGGAGAUUUUUUUUAAUUUAUUUUUUAUGUUAUAAAUUAAUUUAGGUGUGGACCGUUGUCCGUUGUACGUGAAUGAUGCUUUGCUGUUGUUUGUUUUUGUACUAUAGUUUUAAUUUAUUUAAUUUUUGGGUUUGUAA